AUGAAUAAAAUCGAACUUGAUGAAACAUUGAUAGAAAACGCCCUAUUUUCCGAUGUUAUCAAGGCUAUCUCUGAUAAAUUUAAAACAUUCAAAGGCCAAAUUAAAAUAGAUGGAGAGAUAGUCGAGGAAGGGAAUCACAGACAAUACAUGUCGCUCCUCGGUUUCAAUGCCAAAACUUUUCACAAUAUCUUUUCAAAUAUGGACAAAAAAUCCGAUGCUUCCGAUUGGUAUUUUACAGGAAAAAUAAUUUUAAUGAAAGACAAUUUCCAAGAAAUAAGAAGAUCGAGAGUUGGUAGAGGAGGAACUGAUUUACUUAAAAAGAUAAAUGAAUACGAAGGCGAAUAUUGUUACAUACCUACAGAUGGUCACUGUUUUAUCAAAUGCGUCAAUCGUGUUUUAAACGAAGACUACACGAGAGAAUUUCAAGAAUACAUCAACGGGUUUUCAAAAGCAAAUAGAAAAAGAGUGAUGACUUGUGCUAGAAUGAAGAAAUUCAACAAGAAAUUCAACACUUCGUUUCAAAUUUAUAAUCCCAAAAACAGACAUUUUCAUCCCAGAGACGUUCACGAUGAAUUAGAUUGGGUGUUUUACUUACACAACUCGCAUUUCUGUCUGAUUAGAAGAAGCCAAAAAAGUUUGGGAAUUCAAGAAAUAGAAGACAAUUACGAACAGGUGUGGAAAACGUGUAGAGACGACAACGCAGUUACACAGGUUUCACCUCUCAAACUAAACGUGCUUUCGAGUAUGAGCGAUGAUGCGUUAUUCGCUUGGGAUUGCGAAACGCAACAACCGUCUCCUAAAAAAAGAUUGCGCGAAAAACUGAGACUCCAGACAGAGAAAAUGAAGGUAUCUACACAGGCUCUCAGUUUACCACUGUUAGAAGAAUGA